GCAGGAUACUCACCUCUUUGCGACCAACGACUUUUCACUCUUCAUCUCUUAUACCCUUCAUCAGUCACAAUGGCUCCCGCUGUCGCCCGUGGUCGCAAGGCCCAGAAGGUCACGCAGAAGUUCAUCAUCAACGCUUCUCAGCCCGCCAACGACAAGAUCUUCGAUGUCUCGGCCUUUGAGAAGUUCCUGCACGACCGCAUCAAGGUUGAGGGCCGCGUUGGAAACCUCGGCGACAAGGUCGUUAUCUCCCAGGUUGGCGAUGGCAAGGUCGAGGUUGUCGCUCACAUCCCCUUCUCCGGUCGCUACCUUAAGUACCUGACCAAGAAGUACCUCAAGAAGCAGCAGCUCCGUGACUGGCUUCGCGUUGUCUCCACCUCCAAGGGUGUCUACGAGCUCCGCUUCUACAACGUCGCUUCCGAGGAGGCUGAUGAGGAUGAGGAGUAAAUUUCUCGCUCUAGGGAAAUUAAAUAAGUGGAAUGGAUACUUGCAAUGCAGUGUCGCAUUUCUGCCUUCCACAAAAAAAGACUAAAAGGAGUGAUGGUAUCCGCUGGCUGAUAUUGGUUAAGAGGUGUCGUGUCUCUAUUGACGGUCAGGGACAUUUGAGGAGGAUCUACGAGGCUGGAAAAUGCACUUGUGGUCUUUCUCUUAUACCCAGUGUUCACUCGGCUGGUUGAUGGAAUCUGCGGCCUUCGGCUACUCAUGACGUUAUGAAUGGUAGAAAUGAAUCUGGAGCCAAUCUACACUCA